UAACAAAGUCGUGCCAACCCACCGUGUGACAGUUAACAACAAGUGACACUGUUUUUACAUUUCUUUGUAAUAGUGGGAUGCCCCGGUUUUAAAAUCGUCAAUGGUAGUGUAAUUCCAACUUUCGCGAUAAACUGAAAUGGCCGAUGCCGCUUUUACCCGUAAUGAGAUCAUAAGUUUAGUUGUGAGGUUAACCUUGGUUUCUGCUGUAACGUUCAUUAGUAUAAAAUGGUUAAUGAACCAAGUCGAUCCCACUAAUAAGAGUAAAAAGAAGGCUCGGAAAAAGGCACAGGAGCAGUUGAAAAGGUUAGCUGGUAGCGGGCAUGCUCCUUUAGUUAUCGAAAACUUGUCCGACUAUGAAAUGAUGAUAGCGGCGCACUUGAUACACCCCCAGGACAUUAACGUGACUUGGGGCAACAUCGCCGGCUUGGACGACAUGAUCCAGGAGCUACGCGAGACUGUUAUACUUCCAAUCCAACGCAAGGAGCUGUUUGCGGACUCGCAACUCACCACAGCCCCCAGAGGUGUGUUGUUACAUGGACCCCCAGGUUGUGGCAAAACGCUCAUCGCUAAGGCUACAGCCAAAGAGGCUGGGACCCGAUUUAUCAACUUGGACUUAUCAAUCCUCACUGAUAAGUGGUAUGGGGAGAGCCAGAAAUUAGCAGCUGCUGUGUUCACCCUUGCUGUUAAACUUCAACCCUGUAUUAUUUUUAUUGACGAAAUUGACUCGUUUCUAAGGUCGAGGAAUACCACCGACCACGAGGCGACUGCUAUGAUGAAAGCCCAAUUUAUGUCAUUGUGGGAUGGUUUGAUCACUGAUCCGAAUUGUACUGUUAUAGUCAUGGGGGCUACAAAUCGCCCCCAGGAUUUAGACCGGGCGAUUUUACGCCGAAUGCCGGCCACAUUCCAUAUUUCAAUGCCAAACCCUGUACAAAGAAAAAAGAUUCUACAACUGACUCUUGAGAAUGAACCCGUUGCGCAUGAUGUUGACAUAGAUAGACUAGCGAGGCUCACUGAUGGCUUCUCAGGUUCGGAUUUGAGAGAGUUGUGUCGGAACGGGUCAGUUUAUCGUGUUAGGGAUUACAUGAAAACGCACAGUGACACGGUUUUGGAUUCGUCGGAAGAUGAGUAUCAAGACGCAUUACGGCCAAUCACAAUGGAAGAUUUAAUGGUUUCGUUAAAUAAAAUGAAAGAAUCGAAAAUGCAUUGUGGGGCUUUACCGACGAAUCGGAUCGAGUUGGAUUAGCAGCCGUGGUUUCAGUACUUAGCACCCAUUAUAGAUAAUUUUGACGACACUGUAGAAAUGUAUCAAAGUUUUUCAAAUAAUUUCAAACAUUGUGUUAAUUAUCAGAAAAAGCUUUAGUUUUAUUUAGCCCAACGAGGCUGUGCCACGAGUAUUGUGUUGGGUUAUUUGUGUAUAUAGUUUAGGGAAAUGAGUCGCUCUCUUCAGAGUACAAACACUUUCUAUUCAGCGUUGAUAUUUUAAGCAUGUCGCAUUCAUAAUAUGACUUUAUGUGUAGUUUACAAAGAUUUUAAAGUGUGAUGAUCAACGGUUUUCACUCCAUGUUGAAGUCAUGCGUCGCAUGUUUACAGUGUUCUUCAUUUUUUUUAUGUGAAAAGGUUAAAGAAUAAAAAUUACGGACGUUAA